AUAAAAUGCCCACUGCAAACUCUGGUUUCUUAAUAUAGAUGUUAAGUCAUCCCUUUUCAUUGCAGCUAUCCAUGUUUGGCGCCGUUUUCUCGAUAAAUCAUUUAAAUGAUUAAAAUAUUUAGAAUUCACUGUCAGGUAUACAAUUAAAGUUAACUUAAUCUCGAUUUUCACGAAUUCCACAACCCACUACUGUUCACGUUACCGGCAUUAGCAAUACAUCAUAUCGUUGCUACACAAUUCAAUAAAAGAUGAGUUAUACAGUUCUUUAAACAAAAUACAUGAAUAAUUCCUUACAAAAAACUCGGAUUAAACGCUUUUAACUAAAAGCUGCUGGGCUGAUUUCAAUGCAAUCUCAAUGUAAACAUAAUUUGUUUGCCUAAUUGUUAUUAGUAUAUAACCCCAUUUUGGACUUGUGUACUGUCACCCUAUCACCAGGCUUGCCAAUGGUCGCGUUCAGCAGAACAAAGUUGAUCAGGUAGCGAUCUUUAAAACUGAUCCAUCGCUUGGAGUUCUGCUGAACGUGCUUUUUGCGCAUUUACCCAUUUGACAGAUGACAGUCUUGUUUUGUUUGUGUUUUGUGGAUAACCUUAAAAAAUAAAAUCGCAAUUUUGAUUUAAUAAAUAAUUAAAAUGGAUAAUGUUCGUAUUCCUGAAGCAAUUUUAAUUGCAGAAGAAGAUGGUAUAGAUCUAGGUCUAAUAGUAGACAGAGCUGUUAAUCUUCUUGAACCCAUAAGGCAUCAUGAAAUACUGGAAGAAGGGCGUGAACUGGAGCUCCGAAUUAGAAAUAAGCAGUUUUUUGAAGUUACCAUACCAUCCUAUAAUGAUGAUCUCUUUAAAGAACAUUUUCGAAUGUCUAGACGAGCUUUUCAGAAUUUGGUAAAUAUUUUGGGAAGAAUAGUUGACCAUGAGCAUGAUAAAAUUGAUUUUGGUAAAAAGGUACUUUUUACAAUAUGGACGAUUUCAAAACCAGAAAGUUUUCUGGAGACAGAUUUGAUUUUGGAAAAAGCACUGCCCAUGCAAUUUUUAAAGAAAUUGUUGCAGCUUUAG